GUCCAACCAUUUCAUUUUCAUUUCCUGUGCUCUUCUGGUCUCUGGCUUCCUUCUUACGGAGGAAGAACUCAAUCUUCUCCAGCUCCGUUUUCACCUUCGAUCUCUUCCAUCUUCCCUUCAACAAUUCCAUCAUCACAGCUAAACUUCAGUCAAGCCCUCUUCGUUGACGAGGGCUUUUUGCGGGUGGUUUAGUUACAGUUUCUGAUGCUGAAGCUGUAACAAGGCUUGAAGAAGGCUUUGCUGUUUGGUGUGAAAAAUGUUGGACGGGGGUGCGAAGUUCCCGGGAAUAAUAGAUCUCAACAAACAUGACAACAACUUUUAUGAUUUCUCGCAAGGCUUUUACCAUAAGCUUGGGGAGGGGACCAACAUGUCAAUUGACAGCGUUGGGAGCUUGCAAACAAGUAAUGGUGGAGGAUCUGUUGCGAUGUCUAUUGAUAAUAGCAGUGUUGGUUCCAAUGAUUCCCAUACUCGCAUUUUGGAGCACCCAGGGCUGCGGAGGCGUGCUAAUGAUAACUACUCUGUUGCACAUAGUGCCAAUCGUCGGGGAAGAGUCACACAUGCUUUGAGCGAUGAUGCCUUGGCUCAAGCUCUAAUGGACAAUAGCUCUCCGACUGAGGGGCUUGAAAAUUUUGAUGAGUGGACAAUUGAUUUAAGGAAGCUUAAUAUGGGUGAGGCUUUUGCCCAAGGAGCUUUUGGGAAACUCUACAGAGGCACUUACAAUGGUGAAGAUGUUGCUAUCAAAAUCUUGGAGAGGCCUGAAAAUGAUCCAGCAAAGGCUCAGUUGAUGGAGCAACAGUUUCAGCAGGAGGUCAUGAUGCUGGCUACGCUAAAGCACCCUAACAUAGUUCGUUUCAUAGGUGCAUGCCGUAAGCCAAUGGUGUGGUGCAUUGUGACAGAAUAUGCUAAAGGUGGUUCAGUUCGACAGUUUUUGACAAAGCGCCAAAACCGAUCAGUUCCCCUCAAACUGGCUGUCAAGCAAGCCUUGGAUGUUGCAAGAGGGAUGGCAUAUGUUCAUGGCCUUGGAUUGAUCCACAGGGACUUGAAAUCUGAUAAUCUUUUGAUUUUUGGUGACAAGUCAAUUAAGAUUGCUGACUUUGGAGUAGCUCGGAUUGAGGUGCAAACUGAAGGGAUGACACCUGAGACUGGAACAUACCGUUGGAUGGCCCCGGAGAUGAUCCAACAUAGGCCUUACACACAAAAAGUGGAUGUAUAUAGCUUUGGGAUUGUUCUGUGGGAACUCAUCACAGGUAUGCUUCCAUUUCAGAACAUGACAGCCGUACAGGCAGCAUUUGCAGUUGUCAACAGAAAUGUUCGCCCAAUCUUACCCAAUGAGUGCUUACCUGUUCUCCGGGAGAUCAUGACAAGAUGCUGGGAUCCCAACCCUGAUGUUAGGCCCCCAUUCGUUGAAAUUGUUGGAAUGCUUGAGAAUGCAGAAAUGGAGAUCAUGACAACAGUUCGGAAGGCCCGGUUCAGGUGUUGCAUGACUCAUCCAAUGACUGCUGACUGAUCCUGGGAAAUCAACUGGUAAAGCAAAUGAUAAAAAAAGAAGCCGUAAAAACAUAGUCUGAAAAUGUGGGGGCAGAGGAGAGAGAGACUCCGGUAGUUAAGGGUGACUAUAUAAUAGCUUUUGUGUAUCUGUGUGUUUUAUUUCUUUCUUCUGAAAAAAAAGAAAAUAUUUUCUGGAGACUUUUUACUUAUUCGGUUUCUGUUUACUUGAUCUCUGUUCUGAAUUAGUAAAGAGAUGGUGUAUGUAAGACAUGCAUGCAUUACAGUUGUGUAUAGCUUCUGAAAGCAAGAUGGAAUGAUAUCAUGGCCUAUAACUUUUUUUCUUUC